UGCUCGCUGCCCACCAACCUCAAAGCCGAUCGAGACGAGAGCGUCUGUCAUCUCUUCCUCCAGCUCGGUUGCCGCCGCCGCCGCCGCCUCCGCCUCCGGAUUCCGGAGGCGAAGAAGGCAAAGCUAAGAAACAUGGACGUGACGGUCGCCCCACUCCGCGCCUGGGACGAUUUCUUUCCGGGUUCUGACCGCUUCGCUCGGCCAGACUUCAGGGACAUUUCCAAAUGGAACAACCGUGUCGUGAGCAAUCUGCUCUAUUACCAGACCAACUACCUGGUGGUGGCUGCCAUGAUGAUCUCUGUCGUGGGGUUUCUGAGCCCCUUCAACAUGAUCCUUGGAGGAAUUGUGGUGGUGCUGGUGUUCACAGGGUUCGUGUGGGCGGCCCAUAAUAAAGACAUCCUCCGCCGGAUGAAGAAGCAGUAUCCCACCACAUUCGUGAUGGUGGUCAUGUUGGCCAGCUACUUUCUCAUAUCCAUGUUUGGGGGAGUCAUGGUCUUUGUGUUUGGGAUCACUUUUCCUUUGUUGUUGAUGUUCAUCCAUGCGUCCUUGAGACUUCGGAACCUCAAGAACAAGCUGGAGAAUAAAAUGGAGGGAAUUGGUGUGAAGAGAACGCCAAUGGGCAUUAUCCUGGAGGCCUUGGAACAGCAGGAGGAAAGCAUCAGCAAAUUCACUGACUAUAUCAGCAAAGUGAAGGAAUAAACCAUUUACCUGGGCAUAGGGUUGCAGCAGAAAAUGAGUUGCAAUUUCUCCUUGUCCAGAUCUACCUUUUGUUUGUGUUUUUGAAUAGGAGGUGCACGUUUUACCACCCAACUACCUAUAGCAGCAUGCACACGCAGGCCGCACUCUUUAACAUCUCUGAUGUUACCGAAAGAAAACCACCCUCCUGUUGUUGUCUGAGGUUUCCAGUGUGGUAAUGAAAGAGAACCAUGGAUUCUCCAGCAACAAUACUGCUAUCUCAUAGGAAAAAAAAAAUUGUAAAAGAUCAAGGCAAUACGAGUCAAUAAAAAGGCUAUCAAAGGAAAAGAAAAAUAAAUAAAUAAAAAGAGAAAAGGCUGUCAAAGUGGAUGACAUGGUGUGUUAGCCUGUUUUGAAUCCCUCCUGGCACCUUCUCCAAAAUUCCCUAGGAUUGUAAUGUGUGAGGUAUCGGUUAGUUUAGUUUGUAUUAUUACUCUUUAAAAAUCAAAGAUGAUUCUAACAUUUUGCUGCCUGUUUGACUUGCAGUUUAACUGGAUAAGCCAGUUGUUUAUACUUUGUUUACAAAUGUAAAGAUAGCUGUUCAGGAGAAUAUUCUGUUAAAUUUUUGUAAAUUUUUGAAAUGGUAAUAAUGUGUGUUCACCAGCAGGUAUUUGUUGCAAAUUUUGUCAUCUUCCUUCAGGAGGUUACAGCUGUGUAACCAGUAUUAUCCUUGACUGACAUUGAAAAAACAAACAAAAAAAUAAAACUGAACUUGAGUUCUGUUUAUAUUGCACAUUUUUUUGUUGUUAUCAUGAAGAAAAGGUGUUCAAGGCAAUGUUUCCGUAUGUUUUUCACUGUUUCCUUUUAACUGGAGUAUUUUGAAAGAAAUGAAUGUGCAUUUUUAUUAAUUCCUUAGGGGCACAAAGAGGACAAUAAUAGCUGAUCUUUUAAAAUUUAAAAAGCAUCUUUAGAUGACCAAGCCCAAAAACCUUUUAAAAAUGGGAAUGAUCGCUGGCUUCUGCAAUUCAUGAAGAUUUUAGAUAACAAUUGUUAUAACCGUAUGCUUUCAUAGAUAAACAUUGAAAUUGAGAUAGCAUGAGUUUAUGUAUUUCAUUACUCUCACUCAUCCCUUUAUUUUCCAUGUGUUUAGAAAUAGAUUAUUAAUUUGCUUGCCAACUGAGUGAUUUCAUAAGUGAAGUGGAAAACAUUUAGGUUUUCCUGCAUUGCAUUGUGAAGACAAUGAGGGUAAAGAAACUCUGUCUGUCCUAGAAUAAAAACCAAUGGCAUUUGCUGCUCUUGAGUUUUCUUGCAUUUUAAUUUCUCAGCCAAUCUGCAGUCUUUAUCUUUAGCACGGUGAUAUCACCAUGCCUUCAAACAUGGACUAGAAUCUGUAUCUUUACCCAAAUAUGAAGAAUAAAAUUUAUUAAAGGGC